AUGGAAGGGUUUGGUGUUUAUGCCGUUUUUGGAGUAAACGGUCCGCCUCAAAUGUUAAUCAGUGCUGACGGGUCGUCCAGGGUAUCUGUUGCCGUUCCCCCCUCUGUCCGGCAGGUGGUGCUGUUCAGCAGCGGCCAGUGGGGAGAGAGGAUCUGCGUCAACGCCGAGCUCUGCGACUGGGACCGCUUCCCCAUCACUAUCGGAAAACUCACUCCUUACAACAAGUGUCUGUGCUGGGAGCAGUGGGAGGAGGAGACAUGGACAGACAGCGUCAGGCUGAAUGUUUCUGUGGAGGGAGGAAUCCUGUCAAAUUCAGAACCAGAGCUCAUCAUGGCUGUAACAGAAUACACCCCAAAGGAGGUGACUGCUCCCUUUGCAGCCAGAGAGCUCAACAGCAAGAAAAAGAGAAGGCGAACAGUGAAACAUGAGGGUGAUGAUGAUGAUGAUGAUGAUGAGACAAAGCUGGGGGAAGAAGAAAACAUGUGUCCAAAUGGUCCUGAGGAGAAGUCCUCACCCAUUCGAAAGGUGAAAGGUCAAAGUAAAAUCAGUCAGAGGCUGUUUACAACUGGAGCAGAGGCCUCGAAAACAAAAGGAGCUGUUAAUGGAGAGACACAAGGGACUGUGGGAAGAACGCCUCCUCUGAGCGCAGCCAGGACGAAGAGUAGGCAGGCCAAGACGCCCACACAGACUGCUCCCCUGGUUAACCCCUCCGGCCGUUGGGGUCAGACGUUAUGUCCCAUCGACUCUCAGACAGCAAUCCUGAUUGGAGGGCAGGGAGCCAGGAUGCAGUUCUGCAAAGACCCCAUGUGGAAGCUCUGCACAGAGGACAUGUCCUGGGUGGCUGCAGAAACUCUAGCAGAGGGACCGACCCCUGAAGCCAGGAUCGGCCACACCGCCAUCUACGACCCCGACUCCAGGCGGAUCUUUGUGUUUGGAGGCUCCAAAAACAAGAAGUGGUUCAACGAUGUCCACAUCCUGGACACGCAGAGCUGGAAGUGGAGCAUGGUGGAGGCUCAAGGUAAAGUUCCCCCGCUGGCCUACCACAGCUGCAGCAUGUUCCGGGGUGAGCUGUUCGUGUUGGGGGGGGUGUUCCCCCUCCCCAACCCCGAGCCCGACGGCUGCAGCGACUCGCUGUACAUCUUUGAUCCGCACCUCUCCAUCUGGUACCAGCCCAUCGUCACAGGAGACAAGCCCUCCCCUCGCUCAGGGCAUUCUGCAUGCGUGAUGCAGGAGAGAUAUAUCUAUGUGUUUGGUGGGUGGGACACCCCCGUCUGCUACAAUGACAUGUACAUGCUGGACCUCGGUCUGAUGGAGUUUUCUGCUGUCAAAAUGAGUGGCAAAGCUCCGUCCCCACGAAGCUGGCACGGCAGCGCUGUGCUCUCAGACACAAAGUUCCUGAUCCACGGUGGUUACAACGGGAGCAACGCCCUCAGCGACACCUUCGUCUUUGACACAGAAACCAGCCGCUGGACAGAGGUGACCCUGCCUCAGCUCUCCAUCCCCAGGGCAGGGCACUCCAUCAUCACCAUGGAAACAGCCCCGCGCCAUUGUUUUUCAAAGGAGGAGACAGACAGCGGCUCCACCAGAAGAAGCCUGCUGGUGUUCGGAGGCGGAGAUAACGAGGGCAACUUUUACUCCGACCUGACAACCGUCAGCGUGGAGGAGCUGCUCCAUGGCCUUUGA